GGUGGGCGCCGUGGAGAGAGAUCUCUAUAGUGGGCGCUCCAUUAAAACCGUUGGCGCUCCUGACCUUGGCGUCGUGAAUGCGCAAAGCCAGCAGCGCAGACUGUGCAAAGCAGGAGAUGUCUGAUGUGAGGAAAGAUCUGAUGUGUCUCCGAUAGGGAAGCGCGGGCGGGUGGACACGCGUACAUUCCAGCCCAUUGUCUUAUCACCGAACCGAGAAGGGGGAAUGCAAUGGAGGACGUCCACAGAUGGAGCGCGUAACGGCGUCUGUUAAAGCAGAUCGGUGUUCUCUGCAACGAAAAUGAGAAGAGGCGAUGGCUCAUACCUGCCUGAGGUGUAUUUGGAUUUGUUAAGCAUCGGAUCCGAAAGCAGUCUGCGUGACGAGUUCAGCACGAAGGACCUGAGCCGACACUCGUCUGCGUUGGUGUUGCGCAAGGAUACAAACCAUGUGGCCGGCUACAUUUAAAGACCAUCUGCUGCCCACGCACCUGCUCCACCAGCAAGGGAGCGUUACCAUCACCCACUGCGCUCUGUUCUGGUGGAUAUUAUGCUCCUGCUGGUCAUUUACCAAGGCCACGAGCCAAAAGUUCUACCCCACGGUGACCACCCAAUUCGGGAAACUGCGAGGCCUCAGGGUGCCCGUGCCCAGCGAGGUCCUCAGGCCCGUUGACCAGUAUCUGGGGGUCCCCUACGCCGCCCCGCCGGUGGGGGAAAAGCGCUUCAUGCCCCCGGAUCAGCCAUCUGCUUGGUCGGGCAUAAAGAACGCCACCCACUUCAUGCCCGUGUGCCCUCAGAACAUCCACAGCACCGUGCCAGAGAUAAUGAUGCCCAUUUGGUUCACCUACAACCUGGACACGGUCGCCUCGUACAUCCAAGAUCAGAGCGAGGACUGUUUGUAUCUCAACAUCUACGCUCCGACGGAGGAAGGGAGCCAACACAAGAAAAAGGGCUCAUCUUUUUCUCAUGCUGAGACACAUAUAUCAGAAGAUAUAAGGGACUCGGAAGCUCGACCCGUGAUGGUAUACAUCCACGGAGGCUCCUAUAUGGAAGGCACCGGGAACAUGAUGGAUGGCAGCGUGCUGGCCAGCUACGGCAACGUUGUUGUGGUCACGCUCAACUACAGAAUUGGAAUAUUAGGGUUCCUCAGUACUGGAGACCAAGCUGCAAAAGGAAAUUAUGGACUCCUGGAUCAAAUUCAAGCUCUCCGUUGGAUCAGUAAGAACAUCGGCUACUUUGGAGGGGACCCGGGUCGUAUCACGGUUUUCGGAUCUGGUAUCGGAGCGUCCUGCGUCAGUCUGCUAACACUGUCCCACCACUCGGAAGGGUUGUUCCAUCGAGCCAUCAUUCAAAGCGGUUCUGCGCUGUCCAGUUGGGCUGUCAACUAUCAACCGGUCAAGUACACUCGCAUGCUAGCCGAGAGGGUGGGCUGCAACGUGUUGGACACGGUGGACAUGGUCGCCUGCCUGCAGAAGAAGACGGCAAAGGAGCUGGUGGAGCAAGACAUCCAGCCCGCCCAGUACCGCGUGGCAUUCGGGCCGGUGAUCGACGGCGACGUCAUCCCCGACGACCCCGAGAUUCUGAUGGAGCAGGGCGAGUUCCUCAACUAUGACAUCAUGCUAGGUGUCAAUCAAGGGGAGGGGCUGCGCUUUGUGGAGAACGUCAUGGACCUGGAAGACGGCGUGUCGGGAAGUGACUUUGACUUUGUCGUCUCCGAUUUUGUGGACAGUUUAUACGGCUACCCCGAGGGGAAGGACACCCUGAGGGAGACCAUUAAGUUCAUGUACACGGACUGGGCCGAUAAGGACAAUCCGGAAACCAGGCGGAAGACUCUGGUGGCUCUGUUCACAGAUCACCAAUGGGUGGAACCCUCGGUGGUGACGGCCGACCUCCACGCCCGCUACGGCUCCCCGACGUACUUCUACGCCUUCUACCACCACUGCCAGAGCCUAAUGAAGCCCGUGUGGUCCGACUCGGCCCACGGAGACGAGGUGCCCUACGUCUUCGGCAUCCCCAUGAUCGGUCCAACCGACCUGUUUCCCUGCAACUUCUCCAAGAAUGACAUCAUGCUCAGCGCUGUGGUUAUGACAUAUUGGACCAACUUUGCCAAGAGCGGGGAUCCCAACAAACCGGUACCGCAGGACACCAAGUUCAUCCACACCAAGGCCAACCGCUUCGAGGAGGUGGCCUGGUCCAAAUACGACCCGUACGACCAGCUCUACCUGCACAUCGGCCUCAAGCCUCGCAUCCGUGAUCACUACCGCGCCACCAAGGUGGCCUUUUGGAAGCACCUGGUUCCGCAUCUCUACAACCUCCACGACAUGUUCCACUACUCUUCCACCACCACCAAGGUCACCCCGCUGGAUCCCACCCAAUCCGGCGGCAAGCGGUCAGGCGGCACCGGCCGGCCGCCGAUGUCCACGGGCCUGAACGGCGACGAAGGCGGGAGAGAGAUGGGCCCCCUUAUCAUGCCCAACCCUCGAGAUUACUCCACGGAGCUCAGCGUCACCAUCGCCGUGGGGGCUUCUCUACUCUUCCUCAACGUCCUGGCCUUCGCCGCGCUCUACUACCGCAAAGACAAACGCAGCCGGCAGGAAACGUCGCAGCAGCCCAGCCCUCAACGCGACAGCAAAGGCAACAACGCCGCCAGCGUGGACGAGACCCUUUCCCGGAACCAGUGCGAGGCCCUCCGCAACCCCAUCCACGUGUCCCCCACUAUGGACUACGCCCUCAGCCAGCGCCGCUCUCCCGACGACAUCCCGCUGAUGACGCCAAACAACAUCACCAUGAUCCCCAACUCACUGAUGGGUCUGUCCAACAUGAGUCCGUACAGCACCUUCCCCGCUGGCUACAGCUCUGCAGGUCUGCCCAGCACUCACUCCACCACACGGGUAUAACUCGGCCGCUGAGCAGACUCGCCGUAAAGACGCAAACAUGUAAAGUUGUAUUUAGGAUGUUUAGAUGAAAUAGGAUGGAAUGUUUUUUUGUUUUUUUUUUCCUAGCAAGCGCCAGCAUCCUGCUUGCUCUCUCUCAUAACAGGAAGUGUCAUUGUCACACUCAUGUUGCGCAAUGGCCGGCAGGCGAAAAAAACCAACAACACAUAUUUGACAUCAUGGCUUUUUGGGAUUUUUCCUGGAAGGAACUAAUAAUCACAUUUUUACUGUUGGAUUUGUACGGGAAGCUCUUUCUUAUUAUCUAUUUUGAUCUGGUGGAGCUAUGGGACGUCACGACUCAUCGCAGGUCGGGGAUGAGAUGUUGAAGAAGCGGAAAACAGCAGUCUUGCUAUUAUUGAUAUUUUCUACAUAUUUCUCAUUGCUUCUUAUGACGACGUAUUUUUAGCACAGUUCUUUUCAAACCGCUUUGCGUAAUUUCGUCGAAAGUGUACUCCAAUGCCAGAUCCUCGAGUAUCUCUAAAAUAUUUGACAAUUUAUACAAACAUGCCUUCCUACGCUAGCUAGGCUGGUGAGUAGGUGUCGCCGCUACAAAAAAAUGUAAAUUAGGCAUUCUUGACAAAAGAAAUGUUUUGCAUAUGUAGUGUUGUGUAAUUUAUUGUACUAUAUUUGAGUAUCCUAGCUCUUUUUUUCCCCCUUUCAAGUUUUCAAGUAUGAGUUAUUUUCCGCUUAAUACAUUGUACGACUAUAACCUCUGCUUCACUAGAGAAAACUUUAGGCUCAAAAUGUGUUUUCUUACUCUAACAUACUCUUAAUUCUUUGGGCUUUGCUUGUUUGUAUAGAAUAACAUUUGAUUGCUAUUUCUUUAUUAAUAUUCUAAACUCUUCAAAAAAAAAAGAUAUCUGUAAUUACGUUGUGGGUGUAGUAUGUAUAACAAAGCCAUUAUUGGCAGUUAAAAUGUAGUCGCAUCAAAGCUACAUUACAAGUGGUUCAGACCACGCUUGGUUGUCUGUUUUCGGAAGGAGAUGAUGGACUUUACGAUUUUAGUUCUUUCAACCAGUCAUAAUGUGGUUUAACCUAUUAAAGAAUUUUUCCAACUAA